UUCUACAGUAUAGUUGCCCCGACUUGCACUGCAGAUAUACCCGUUGCUGAAUAGGUUGCUGAUCAAGGUAUUGCUGCAGCUGCUGCGACUCCCGCUUUGAGCCAGUGCUUCAAGUGUUUCAUCCCAUGUUUCCACAUCCAAACCUGGGUUGCCAGUCAGGUAUGCGGUGCGCCCAUUCUGAAACUGGGUACAUAUAUCCACUCGCAUGAAGCGCACAACGUCCAUCACCUUCUCUCAUCUCAUCCCUCGUCUGCUGGUCAGACAAGUACCCCUAAUUUUGAAGACACACAUCCCUCCCAAACCCACGACAUGAUGCCCAUUCCUCGUUCUCCGCUGGCGACCUCCGCUACCAAACUGUCGUCCCCUCGAUUCACCCGGACAAUUUCGACGGUUCGACCUAGCGUUCUGCAGCUCAGGUCACCUUCCGAUCCCGCGAUCAAGACUUACUACGGUCACCUGCCUUCUAUUCUUUCUCCCACACUGCUCAGCCCUCCACUUGCUUCUCCUCCCUCUCCAGCCUUCGCACUUGAGGUUCGGUCUCCCCGACUCGGGAGACACCCCGAUAUCUAUUCUUUAUCGCCACACACACCUUCGAUUGCUUCUCUAUUGUCGCCAGCAAGGUCCUGCUUGAAGGGCGACUCAACAAGGAACAUUCCGGACAUUGACUUAACAGCUGUUCCCGCAUCGCCAGAGAGGACAGUCACACAAGCCACUUUCCAGGCGGCAGAGAUGGAGCGCCGCGAACAACGCCCCCAAAUAAAACUUCAGACGGAGGGUUUCUUGCAAGCGCCUUUCAUGUCACCCACCACACCGCGCAGCGGACGCACCCCCCGAAGCACUCGCACACCAAAACACGUGGCCAUUAGCCCAAUCGUUUUGGUGGCAAACGAACCCAGCCCACCGAAUCCGAUGUCGGCUUUGACUCGCAAACUAGAAAAGCUGCAAGUACACCGGAUGGAGGCGGAUGAGGAGGCAGCAGGAGACAAGUACACACUGGGGAUGAGGAGAGGGACGCCGGUUACCACGCCGUGUGUGGAGCGCUUCGAGGAUGCAUUCUGAGCAAGUUUGGUAGUCGCAUUUCGACGCUGUGGAAACCGCAGUAGCUAUCUAUUCAAACAACACAUUCUCUACCGUAGUUUAACGUUACGUCUACUUCGUAUUGAUUUACGGUUCAAC